CUCCUCCUCCUCCUCUCUACCCCCUCCCUCCCGGCUUCCUCCUCCUCCUGGCGGCUUAAGAGAUGCUGGUCCGCUGAGCGGCGGCGGCGCCGACCAUGAGUUCCUCCUCGGUGCGCAAGAGCGAGUCCAAGACGUCCUUACUGCGGACGGGCGGCGGCGGGAGCGGCAGGCGGGCGCCCAGCGAGCCGCAGCCGCGCAGCUCCGGGGGCCGCACGGAAGGCAGCCCCGAGCCCAGCGCCAGGAGGCCCCUGUGCCACCCAGGAGCCGGCGCCACAGUCUCCUCCAACGGCAGCUUGAGGAGGCACCACCAGCAGCAGAAUCGCCUGGGGGAGCCCGACGAGGCGGAGGCGGCUCCGCGGAGACGCGGGAGCGGCCGGGUGCGCGGCUCCGCUCGGAGUGCCAGCCAGGAGGCGGAGAGCGACGGGGUAGCGACGGCGGGGCGGGGGCAGGACUUGGGCGGCAAACGAGCCAGCCGAGAGUCCCUCCAGCUGCCCGAGGGAGCGUCCCCCAAAGGCACCUCCGGCGGCGGCAGCGGCGGUGGCAGCAGCAGCAAGAGCUCCGCCGCCUCCAAACCCGGCGCGGAAGUCGACCCACUCUUCCACCAGCUCCACCCCAUCCUCAGCUCCGUCUUUGGCCAGAUCCACCAUGAAGACAAGACAUGCUAUACAGCUGUCCAGACGAGCGAGGAGGGGUCAACAGCCGGGGAGCACCAAGGCCCGCUCAUGGUGCUGGCCCAGAACUGCGCUGUGAUGCACAACCUCCUGGGGCCGGCGUGCAUCUUCCUCAGAAAGGGAUUCGCAGAGAACAGGCAGCCAGACAGAGAGCUACGGCCAGAAGAAAUUGAUGAACUGAGAGAAGCCUUCAAAGAGUUUGAUAAGGACAGGGAUGGCUACAUCAACUGCCGAGACCUGGGCAACUGCAUGCGCACCAUGGGCUACAUGCCAACGGAAAUGGAACUCAUCGAGCUCUCCCAGCAGAUCAACAUGAACCAGGGUGGCCACGUAGAUUUCGAUGACUUUGUGGAGCUGAUGGGACCAAAGCUUUUGGCAGAGACGGCAGACAUGAUUGGGGUCAAGGAGCUACGUGAUGCCUUCAGGGAGUUCGACACAAACGGUGAUGGAGAGAUCAGCACCAAUGAACUACGAGAAGCAAUGAAGAAGCUUCUUGGGCAGCAAGUGGGGCACCGGGACAUAGAAGACAUAAUAAGGGACGUCGACCUGAAUGGAGACGGACGAGUGGAUUUUGAAGAGUUUGUCAGAAUGAUGUCCCGCUGAGUAUGGUUCUUGGGCUGAAAAUGAAUCAGCAGCUGAGGGAAGACGAGGACCUGAACGGAGCGCCCAGCCCCAAUGUUCCUAUGCAAAGGUUGACGCACUGGCUUCGCUUGAGACAGUGCAAGACGCCGACCUGCCUCUCUGACCCAAAGUGGCCCUGAUGCUCCUUCACCCUUCCACACUGUGAAAAAAAGGGAUCUCCAGCAACUGGAAACAUUCCUGGGUGACACUGGGCUCCAGGACCAGCCAUGUUUGCAAGCGAAGGUGACGACUCUUUCCCUGCCUUGACUCUUCCGGCAAGCACUGCAAAGGUGAAAGAGAAGGAAGGGGUUCUCUCAAACUGGUGGCUUAUGGCAAAAAGCCACCUGGGAUUGGUGCCUGCCACGGAUUGCACUCCUUUCCUUGGUGAACUGACUGUGUAUUGGCCUCAUGCCUCCUUGUGUUGUUAAUCAUCUGUGUUGAGUUAUUUAUAGCCUCCCCGGAAUGUUCUUGUGUCUCCCUGCGGUUAUGUUAAUGAGAGCAAAUAUACCUUUGAAAUGCAAAACAUAAAUAACAAGAGCAAGA